UAAUUAGUUUACAGCUUUCACUUUGCGCUUAAGGGUUGAAACUAUAUUAGAUCCUAAACGUGGAGCUAGUCUGUCAAAUCCGACUUUUCGGGGCAGAACUCUGUCAAAUUUGAACUCUUAUUUCCGAUGUGCACAGAACGCAGCAUUGAAUUUGCGAUUUUUCCGCUUUUUGUGGUGGGAACCAGAAUAGCAACAACACCUGGGAAACCCGGAACUGUUUUUCUGCUCGUUUGUUUUUCUCGGGCACAUUUCAGAGACGGACGACUCAAAACAAGUAACAAAAAAGAAGCCUGUGCUUGAAAACAGAUUAAUCGGAGGCCGACUUGCAUGAAGCGACCAAAGUGGAGCCGGAAGCUGAAACAUGAGCUCCACGGAGCGGUUUGAGUAUCUACAGUCUCUUGUCACUGAAUUUCAGGACACGGACAGUGAAGAAGCCAAAGAGCAGGUUCUGGCCAACCUCGCCAACUUUGCGUACGACCCAAAGAACAUGGAGUAUCUACGGGAGCUGCAGGUGCCCGACCUGUUCCUGGACAUGCUGACCGAGGAGAACCAGAACUUUGUGGAGUUUGGGAUGGGGGGGCUGUGCAACCUCAGCAUGGACCCUGAGUGUAGAGAGGUCAUCCUGCAGAGCGGCGGCAUCAGCCUGGUCACAAACUGCCUGUCCAACCGGCGGGAAGAGACCAUCCUGUCGGCCGUCACCACCCUCAUGAACCUCGCCACGCCCGCGACCCGUUCCCAGAUCUCCGAGCCGGGAAUCCUGCAGUGCAUGCUGCGCUUCUCCCUGGCAGAGAGCCCCCGCCUGCGCAACCUGGCGGCCGUGUUCCUGCAGGACUGCUGCAGCGAGGAGCAGUUGAGGCAGGCCCAGCAGCAGAUGGCGGGACGGCAGACUGCCAUUGGGAUCCCGUUGCCCAAAGAGUGAGGACUCAGUUUGGCUCUUUGUGCCUCAAACAGGCUUCCCUGUCAGAGGCGUUUCUGCGUGCUGGUGUUUUGCUUUUUUAGCCCCAGUGAUGCAGUCCUGACGUGAUGCUGUGGGAAAACGCUCCCUAGUCUUCUGGACGAGGGCGAGGUCAGGGUUGCCUCCCCGCCUCUCCGGCUCCUUCACACCGAUGUGGGAAAAAAAAACCCAGAGAGAGCUGGUGUUUGUGUGCAGGGUGGAGCAGGAAAAGGACAAAAACAGUUACCUCAAACUUGCUCAUUUCGUUGUAAUAAGACUGCUGUGAUCUGUCCACAUGUUUUCAGAUUAUUAAUUUUCUAAGUGAAAACCGAAAUGAAUGCUCUGGAGAAAGAAUGGCCUUCAAAUCAGAGAUCAGAAUUAGACAGUUGUGGCUUGAUCAGCAGAUCAAGAAGUGAAAAAUUUGUUUUUCUUUCUUCUCGUUACAUGCAUCAAAUCUUAACAAUUCUCAGUUUAUUAAUUUGUCUUCAGCAUAUGCGAUGCUGUUUUUGGGGGGGCUGUCAAUAAAAGUCAAGAAACAGG